AUGUCGACAAUCGCCACGUCCUUGGUUCCGACGGGAUCGAAGCCCGAUUCUGCCCUUCAAUCCGCCCGCGAGCUGGUGACGCACGAAAUCUCGGCCACGACACACUAUCUCGCCCACAAAGCACACGAUCUCGGACUGACGCCGCCUUCCUCCAAGUCGACGACGACGACAACAACACAAUCAAGACCGAACCAGCCCCAGGUCCAGCCCUCCACACCCACUAGCAGUGCACCUGUGUAUAGAGAAUCGCCAGGAAGAUUCAGACACCCUCGCACCACGGAAAUCAUCAAGCGCAGCUCGGCGGCGGCGCUGACAGACACAAACAUCAAGGGAGCACUGACCAAUGCUGCCGCGUUGAUCCUUUCUUUUGUCCUGAGUGAUGUAUAUUACAGCAGUAUUCCACCCCUCCUUGCGUCUACCGGUGUCAGCAGUGCAUUGGAAGUACCUUCAAACGCAUUAUUAGUCCUCCGCCUGGUUCUGUGCGCAAACAUCAUCCUGCUCCUCCGCCCUGCGAUUCCUUAUAUUGCGAAAAAGGACCAAAUCAACGAUAUCCCAUUGACACCGUCGCAACGCUUGCUUUUGGGCUUGGACCCGUCCGUCCCGCCGAGUCCGGCGUCUGGGGGCAGUUAUAUCACACCUCCGCGCUAUCGACGGGCCUCCGGGUCUGCCACUGGCACUCCCACUCCCAACAGCAUCGGCUCUGACCGACAAAGUAUCUCGUCCUCACCACUGUCGACUUCUCGGCUCGGCUUUUCGCCCUCACAGUCUCAGCGUCGCUCGGUUUCUGGUGCAGCUGCAGCUGCUGCUGCAACAACUACGUUCUCCCCAUCGGGAAGUCCACUCUUCCACAAGGCUGUCAGCAACCAGAAUCCCGAAUUCGGCGUAAGCGCCCGCUCGUCCUUUGGCGCGGGCGCAGGCAUUGGUUCCGGACUGAGUCGCUCGCAGAGUUUGCGUGAGAGACCGAAUGCAAGACGGGAGAGCAUUGAAUCACCCGCUUCGCCCACACCGACAUCGGGGACUAGAAGUCCUCAAUUCGUGCCGGGGCUCAAUUAUAAGUGGCUGUACGACAAGGGCAUGAAGCUGCCCAAAAGCGAAUCGUAUGGGUUUUGA